GUUUAACUUAAAUUUGGUACAUCCUGUUUAGAUCGUUAGCAAGUGAUUACGUCUGUCGUUGACGCGGAAUAGACUAGUAGAUUUGUUUUUUACUCGCAUCGCACGAUAUUUCUAUCGCACGAUUCCACCGUACGGUGAAGUGUAUUUGACAUAAUGCUCAAAAUGGCGACUCUGAAAACAAUGGGCCUCCGGUGCACUUGUACGCCGCUCUGCAACAAGCUCUCCGAUCGUUUUUCUCGUCUGUCGCGCUAGAUUUAACGUCAGCCGAACCCGAAACGCAAGGAUUACGCAAAUCUUACGUACAUACAUAUACGUGAAUGCACACGCGUAUACAAUCGGAGUGAAUUCUCGAGUCAAUGAAACAGCAAGUUUUCCCGCACGUCGAUCCUUGUAUAACAGAAGUCAAAAUGCAGACAAUAAAAUGUGUCGUAGUGGGAGAUGGAGCAGUUGGUAAAACUUGUUUAUUAAUCUCAUAUACCACGAAUAAGUUUCCAUCGGAAUAUGUUCCAACAGUAUUUGAUAAUUAUGCAGUAACUGUUAUGAUUGGCGGUGAGCCAUAUACAUUAGGAUUAUUUGAUACAGCCGGCCAGGAGGACUAUGAUCGUUUGCGUCCAUUAAGUUAUCCACAAACUGAUGUAUUUCUUGUUUGCUUCUCAGUUGUAUCUCCAUCAUCAUUUGAAAAUGUUAAAGAAAAGUGGGUACCCGAAAUAACACAUCACUGUCAAAAAACACCAUUUUUGUUGGUUGGCACACAAAUUGAUUUACGGGACGAUGCAGCAACAAUUGAAAAGCUUGCAAAGAAUAAGCAAAAAGCAAUUUCGAAUGAACAAGGGGAAAAGCUUGCUAAGGAAUUAAAAGCUGUAAAAUAUGUAGAAUGUAGCGCUCUUACACAGAAAGGACUUAAAAAUGUCUUUGAUGAGGCAAUAUUAGCGGCUUUAGAGCCUCCAGAACCUGUUAGAAGAAGAAGAUGUACCAUUUUGUAGUAGGUUUGACUUUUUUUUAUAAAACUGUUAGUUCUACAAUGAUGAAGACUGUAAGUUUCCUUAUAUACAUUGCAUGCAAAAAGUUUAGUGACAAUUGUUAAAUUCUAAGGCAUAUAAUAAGUAUUUUUCAACAUUGACGGCAUAUACGUGAAUAUGAAGCAAUUUUUAUCCACAUUGGCAUAUAUCAUAUGAAUUUAUUUUAUGAUUAUUAAAUUAUAAUUGUAACAUUAUCAUAUUACCUUCAUCUUAAUGAAUUUCCUAAUAAUAUAUUUCACAUCAUUCCGCGCAUCUCUGUAUUUGCAUUAUAGUGAUCAAAUGUAUCGACUAUCCCAUGUUCUACUCAACACGAAAAAAAUGUUUGAAAAUUUAAUAAUGACAUUCACAUUA